CCCCUUUUGCAGGGAAGGGAACCAUCAGGAAAAGCCUGGUAGACCCCCAGCUGGUCCAUUUAGGUGUAUUUAUGUAAAAUUCCAGAGAAAGAGGCCUCUGGUUGCCAACAGCAUGGACUUUUCUUGAAUUUUGGGUUGUCAGAAUGGCUAUGGGAAGGGGAUUACUAAACUAACCUUCUGGACUAUAACACUCCUGUACAAGACAACAGGUAAAGACAACAAGAAUCCUACAAUAAAAGAUAAUCAUACUAAAGAAGAAUCCAUUGUGAUUCAUUAGACACCAAGAACAAAAACAUGGCUUUGAUGCCCAUAAAAUUUAACUUGGCCAAGCGGGUCAAGCUGGCCCAAGGACUGUGGCUCCUGUACUGGCUCUCUGUCAUGGCUGGGAUCCUUGUCUUCAGCAUGGGGAUCUUCUUCAAGAUUGAGUUGCGUAAAAGGAGUGAGAUAAUGGAUAACAAUGAGAGCCAUUUUGUGCCCAAUCUGCUUAUUCUGGUAGGACUCGUGGCCUGUGGUAUCAAUGCUUUUGGGGGCAAAGUGUGCCAUGACUCCCUUGACACAAUCAAAUUCACCAAAUGGAAACCUAUGUUGAAGAUCUACAUGAGCGGAUGUGUUGUAUUUUGCAUUGCCCUUUUUGUCACGGCUCUACUGUGUUUUCUGAUGCAGAUUUCUCUGCAUUUCGCCCUGGCUGAAGGCCUGAAGAAUGGAAUGAAGUACUACAAAGAUACAGACACACCAGGACGAUGCUCAUUGAAGAGAACCCUAGAUAUGACCCAGAUCGAGUUCUGCUGCUGUGGCAACAACAACUACAGGGACUGGUUUGAGAUCCAGUGGAUUAGCAACCGCUACCUGGACUUCAGCAAUGACGAGGUUAAAGCCCGUGUCCAGAGCAACGUGGAAGGCAAAUACUUGAUGGAAAGCGUUCCCUUCAGCUGCUGCAACCCUGGCUCCCCUCGCCCUUGUAUCCAGCAUCACCUGACCAACAACUCCGCUCACUACAGCUACGACCACCACACUGAGGACCUAAACAUCUGGACCAGAGGCUGCCGUGAGGCUCUGGUGUCCUACUAUGGGGGCAUGAUGAACAGUAUUGGUGCUUUUGUGCUGCUGUUCAUUAUUAUGCAGGCUGCCGUGACUGUCGGUUUGCAGUACCUGACCACUUCUCUGGAAACCCUUGCAGACCCAGAGAGUCCUGAGAGUGAAAGUGAGGGAUGGCUGCUGGAAAAGAGUGUGAAGGAGACUCUUUCUGACAUCAUGACAAGGCUUAAGUCACUGUUUAAAGGCAACCAGGUACAGGAGGGAGACGCAGAAGCAGAAGCAGCUCCCACAUAAAGCUGAGAGUCAUGCCCCCUCCCACACCAUCAUGUUUGUGGACACUUCUACCUUUGGGAGAAGGAAUGCAUGAAAGUCUAAAGAUAUUAUCAUUUAACCAUACCAGAUAUUCAGACCAAAUAAGUCUAACUGUCCAUGUCCGUCUGCAGUUGUAUAAAGUUUGAUCUUUAUAUUUCCAUAAAGUCGAGCGGAUAUUUAACCUGACAGCUUCACACAUACCAUAUCACUUUUCACCAUCAAACAAUUAGGUGUUAUUAAAUCACUUUUCAGUAAGAAAUGAUUUUUUUUUUUUUUUUUGAAGGGGUCACACGGCAGCUUUUAACCGGCAGCUGAGGAAAAUGUGUUUUUGUAAACGUUCAGUCACCUCCCAGACCUUAAAAGGAUGGAAACAGUGGCGCACCUUGCUUUUUACACAACGCUGCCUUUAACAGUCCUUAGGUUGUCUGACGAUUUUCAAAAGCAUGUUGAUGGUGAUCUACUGGAGAGCAGCACUCUAACAAUGGGGAAACUAUUCUGUUAACAACAGAAUAUUGUACUCAUCAUGUUUGCCAUUAAUGUGUGCAGUUCUCUGGUUAAAUAUCUGCUUCACAAGUUGAAGAGAUGUGGAACCAGGCUUUCUGACUCAACUUCAGUGCUCUGUUGAGUUCACCGUUGUGGGACAGUUACAGAAGUUGUCAAACUUGUAAAAGAUUCUAGUCACUUGUUUGUUUUGAUAAUCUACGUUGGACAACACAAUUUAUUUUAUUUAUUUUUUCAUAUUGGUGUGAUUUUUAUUUUCACAGGCACCUCUCUUUCUGUACAUUUGACCUUGACUUUGCAAUUAUGUAAGUUGUAUUUAGUGAAUCAUAUAGGAAACUAUUUGUGAGAUAAAAAAAUGUUUAAGUA